GCUUCCGCGACGGUGACAACCCCCGUGUGCGCCAACCCUGUGCACCUGCGUAGACUGCGGCGUCUGUCUGUCACCAUGGCAGUAUGUGCUGGGGGACCGGGAUCCUGGAGUGAAAAUAUACUGAAAUAUUUUUUGAGGAACAGCCAGAUCAUGGCAGAAGAUGGUGCUGAGAUCCUCUGGUACCACGCAGCCAACCACAAGUCUCAGAUGAGUGAGGCGCUGAAGAGUGCUGCUCACAUGAUAGAGGCUGAUGUCCUUCUUCCUAGUGACGGAUCCGAGCCAAUCAUGGCCCAUCCUCCUGAGACAAGCAGUGACAACACUCUGCAGGAGUGGCUGGCUGAGGUCGUGAAGAGCAACAAGGGCAUCAAGCUGGAUUUCAAGAGUCUGGCAGCCGUCAGAGCAUCCAUGCUCUUCCUGGACAAUGUGAAGCAGCACCUGCACCGGCCCGUGUGGAUCAAUGCCGAUAUUCUUCCUGGGCCAAAUGGGAGCAGCAAAGUAGUAGACGCCAAGGCCUUUCUAGACACCGUGACAUCCUUCUUUCCAGAUGUGACCUUUUCCUUGGGUUGGACAACAGGAUGGCAUCCGGAGAAAGUCAAUGAAGGCUACAGUUGGUCGAUGGUGAAAGAGAUGGACUACAUAUGCAGUGAGCUAACCCAGCCUGUCACGUUCCCUGUCAGGGCAGCUUUAGUGAGACAGUCGUGUUCUCAGUUGCUCUGGCUGUUGACAAAAUCCAACAGGUAUGAAUUAUCUGUAAUAAGAAUUACUUAUUCUAACUAG